UAGUCCAAUACCUAUACUGAUCCAACUUACACAAAUAAACAAACAAAAAGAGAGAUAAACAAUCAAUAAGGUAAGACAUAAAACUCAAUGCAUGGUUCGGUUUCCAAUCCCAACUGCCAAUCCCAUCUUCCCUCCAAAUUCCUCCAACUGUAAUUCAAAUUUCAUUUCCAAAAAGCACCAAUGCCUCACUCUUCUCAAGCUCUGCUCCUCAGCCCAGCAGCUCUUUCAAAUCCAUGCUCAAAUCAUAGUCUCUGGCCUCCACAGAGACAGCUUCCUCUUAAGCGAACUCAUCCGGUUCUGCACUUUGUCUCCCUCGAAAAACUUGCGUUAUGCGCGGUCGAUUCUCUAUGGUUUCGAUGAUUCGACGCCUUUGCCGUGGAACAUUGUCAUCAGGGGAUAUGCCUCGAGUGAUUCUCCGAAAGAGGCGAUAUGGGUAUUUCUUGGAAUGCGAAGGCGAGGAAUUAGACCCAAUAAACUCACGUUUCCGUUCCUUUUCAAGGCGUGCGCGGCGGUUACGGCGGUUAAGGAAGCGAGGCAGGUUCAUGGGGAGAUUGUGAAGUGUGGUUUGGACUCUGAUGUGUAUGUUCAGAACAGUUUGAUCAGUGCAUAUGGGUGUUGUAAGAGGAUUUCGGAUGCGUGUAGGGUGUUUGAUGAAAUGUCUGUGAGAACGGUUGUUUCUUGGAAUGCUGUAAUAACUGCUUGUGUUGAGAACAUGUGGUUUGAUGAUGGGAUGUGUUAUUUUUUAAAGAUGAGGGAUUUUGGUUUUGAGCCGGAUGAGACCACUAUGGUGGUUAUGCUUUCUGCGUGUGCUGAGCUUGGAAACUUGAGCUUAGGGAGAUGGGUUCAUUCCCUAGUUAUUGUGAGAGGGAUGGUUUUGAAUUUUCAAUUGGGUACUGCCCUUGUCGACAUGUAUGCAAAAUCUGGAGAUGUAGAUUAUGCGUGGUUGGUGUUUGAUAGAGUGCAAGAGAAAAAUGUUUGGACAUGGAGUGCAAUGAUUCUGGGGCUAGCUCAACAUGGGUUUGCUAAGGAAGCUCUUGAUCUUUUCUUAAAGAUGAUGUAUAACUCAUCAAUACGUCCGAAUUAUGUCACCUUUCUUGGGGUCCUUUGUGCUUGUAGCCAUGCAGGACUAGUGGAUGAUGGGUAUCGAUACUUUCAUGAUAUGGAGCAUGUGCAUAAAAUUAAACCCAUGAUGAUACAUUAUGGUGCAAUGGUGGAUAUAUUGGGCCGUGCUGGCCAACUCAAGGAGGCUUAUGCUUUUAUAAUAAACAUGCCUAUGGAACCCGACCCAAUUAUAUGGAGGACUUUGCUUAGUGCGUGCAGCAUUCAUUAUGUUAAUGACAAAGAUGGGGUGGGAGAUAAGGUGAAGAAGAAGUUGCUUGAAUUGGAGCCAAGGAGAGGUGGGAAUUUUGUGAUGGUUGCAAACAUGUAUUCUGAAGUUGGGAUGUGGGAGAAAGCAGCAGAUGUGAGGAGGAUUAUGAAAGCUGGGAGGUUGAAGAAAAUGGCGGGAGAGAGUUGUGUGAAUUUAGGUGGAUCCAUCCAUAGGUUCUUUUCUGGAUAUGAUGAUCAAGCUGAUUAUGGGGUUAUCUACCAGUUAUUAGAUGGGCUGAGCUUGCACAUGAAGAUGAUUAACUUAUUGUAAUUGAAAUUGCUUUUCAUGAUGCUGUUCUAUUGCAGAAUGUGGAAACUGGAUUUGCACAACCUCUGAUUUUCCAUGAAUUUUUCUUUUUAGUAA